AUGUUGAACGCUUACAUACUAUACAAGGAAAAGAAAGGCAUAACUCUUGAGUUCACUGAUUUUCGUCUGCAAGUAAUUCGACAGAUUUUCGAUAAAUAUGGUACUCAACGGGAUCCAAGGAGAGGCCGACCAUCUGCUAACAAGCCAUUGUGACUGACGGCUCGUCAUUUCCCAUCUCUAACUGGCGGAGGAUCACGAAGAUGUAUUGUGUCUGCAGCACGACUGUGAAUGGUCGUGUUUGUUUUGAUGGAAAAUAUUCUGAAGAUAUAGUUAUAGAAAAUUUAUUACGACCAAAUUAUAUUGUUUAGAAUCUUAAUCUUAAUUAUGUUUUUUCGACUAAUACAGAUUUACAAAAAGUGUUUAUAAAAAAAUGGUUUCAUCAUAAUUUAAAUCUUGUUAAUGAUAUUAUAUCAGUGCAAACAAAUCAAGAUGAUCCAAGACAACGUUCGAGCUUUUCCACGUUAUCAAGUUAUAUGGAAAUGCUUUCUGCUCGAUAUUUUAAUCGUGAAUUAUAUUGGAUAAAUCAAUAUCGUUUAAUUCGUCAAAAUAUAUUUGGACAAAUAAUCGUACAUGGAAUAUAUGUUUAUUGGUGUGAUUGUGGACCUCAUGUACGUAUAAGUUGUUUAUUUCUUAAUGAUAAGAACGAACUUAUUAUAUUUAAAGACUGCACUAAAACUAUUAUGAUUCAUUUGCAUCGUCUUCAUUUUAUACUCUAUUUACCUGUUCAGACAAGACUUGAUGAUAUUGAUCUUUAUUGGUUUAACUUAGAUCAUCAUACUGUUGAGUACGAAAUAAAUGAAGUGAUAUUUCUUUAUACAAUUCCAUAUUUAUUAAAUAGUCAACGACGAGUGUAUAAUAAUAGUGUUGCACAACAAUCGACAAUUAAUAAUAAUAUCACACAUAUUGAAUGGAUCAUUGAUCAUGAUCUUUUAUCCAUUGCCAAAACUCUUCUUCAUUUCGAGCAUGUUAAAUCACUUCAUUUGCUUUUUAAUAUGACAGAAAUGAAAUUAAAUCCAGAUUCUUGGCAUAUGAUACUUCCAUUUUUACGUUCUCUUCGAGUUAAUUUUCAACGGAAUCCUAUGCAAACAAGGAAAUUGUAUAAUCAAUCUGUCACACCGAAUCUCUAUCGUUAUAUUCUUCUUGAACAAUUUCGUCAAUGUGCUACUGCACUUGAGUCUUUGACGCUAUACUGGUCUGACAUUCGACUUCUUCUUAAACAUUCUUCUUCACCUUGGUCAUUCGUUCGACAGCUAAAUAUUCUUUUGGACAUAGACGAAAAUAUUCCAUCUUCAUAUUUGACUAAACGAUUACCAACAAACGAAGCUUUUCCUCAAUUACAAUAUCUUUCAUUUGGUGGUCGUCGUUUUUCACUCACACCACCGAAAAAACUCGCGAAUCGAAUCCUCUUAUGUUUCGAUAGUCUCGUAUCUUCAUCGAAAUUCAUCAUCUUACAUGCGAAUCGAUGCUGUGGUAUUUAUCGAAGUGUACCUUCAACGUCUCGUGACAUACUUAUGACACUUCUUACAGAAUGUGUUCGUUCGAGAAAUCUUCUCUAUUCAUCGUCUAAAAUCAUUAUUGAUUCCAAUGAAGAGAUUAUCAUUUGGCUUUGA